AUGUUAGUUCAGGUUUUGAUAGCACUUUUCCUCUGCAUCAACUUUUUGCUGAUCAUAACCUUUUUUAUGAAGGAAUUUUUCUACAUGACCAUGCGCUACAUCUUAUUUGCUGUAACCCUCCUGUCUGAUUGUCUAAUCUUGAUUAUGACAAAUAUCUUGCUAAUUUAUGACUAUUUUCAUUUAACCAUGCAAAUAUGGCACUGUCUCAUAUUCUACAUUUUGUUAGCUGUGUACACUGUGGUCACACCAGUUACUCUGACAGCAAUGACCCUGGAGCGUUAUGUGGCCAUAUGCAUGCCCCUGCGCCACAGAGAGCUGUGCUCCACACGCAGCACUAUGCACUGUAUCCUCAUCAUUCACGGUCUCAGCUCUGUACCUGUUUUUAUUGUACUCUUAAUCUUCUUUGCAUCAUCUCCUCUCCGCUUUUACACACAAUACAGAAUAUGUUCAGCUCUGCUUUUCAUCUCGCAGACUUGGCUGAUUUAUCUGAUGUCAGCUAUGAAACAGCUUUACUUCUUGAUUAUGUGUAUUACUAUUGUAUUCUCCUAUAUUAAGAUAAUGAAAGUGGCCAAAGCUGCAUCAGGAGAAAAUAAAAAGUCAACAUGGAAAGGGCUCAGAACAGUAAUUCUUCAUGCUUUCCAGCUGCUGCUCUGUCUCAUCCAGCUGUGGUGCCCAUUCAUAGAUGCUGCUGUACUUCAGAUUGAUUUUAGGUUAUUUAUUAAUGUCAUAUUUAAUUACAUUAUAUUUUACCUUACUCCAAGAUGUCUUAGUCCUCUAAUUUAUGGCCUCAGAGAUGAAAAGUUUUUUCUGGCACUGAAGUACUAUGUUUUCUGUGGCUUUGUGAAGAGCAAUUCUUUUCAUUUGACAAAUUAG